AUGAAAAGAAUAUCCAAGGAGUUUAUAUCAGAGUCCGAUAUUAGCUCCGACAACUCUGAAAGCAGUGAUUCAGAGGAUUUCACUUUUGAACCACCUGCUAAUUUCAAACAGCGCACAGACCUCAAAGAAAUAUCUCCGUUCAAGGAUUUGGGAAAGAAAGAAGUAUGGCUGUUGAAAACUCCCAAAGAUUUGGAUUUAAGCACAUUGAAAACUCUUCCCAUGCCCAUUAAGGACAAAACGGCUCAUAGUUUUAAGCACGAAGGUAAGAAAUACCAAGUCAGGGAAGACUCUCUCGAUCAGGACACCAAGAACGACAUAAGCAAGUAUAAGAUCCUAGACGUCAAGUCUCUUGACGAGUUAAAACCUGCCAAAGUGAAGAUUUCCAAAUUUUUAACGGUUGGAGAGAAAGUAUCUAUUCCUAAAAUUGAUCUCGAUAAGGUAUGUAUACCCCGUCAAAACGUUCCUCAGGAAGAGAACCUGGAACAAAAGCAUUUUGCGACUGGUUAUGGUAAGUCAUGA